CUGCUGGCAGGACUUUUUGGUUGUUGUUGUUGUUGUUGGGUUCCCUUGCACACCUGCUGCUGCAACUUGUUGUUGCUUUGUUUUCCUCUUCUUCGUCUUCCCUUUUCCGCCUUGCGGAAGUGAGAGUGGCCUGGUCAAGCAGGCAGGCCUCAUUAAAACACCGCCGCCCGGCUUCAGUCGCCCGAUUGACUUAUUGAUCCGAUGAUGUCAUUCACACAAGUAAGCUGCACUGAUGCUGUGAUGUUUUGUUCUACGUGCUUUUUUUUAAAGCGUAUCGAUCGAAAUGAAUCGGUAAUGCUCAGCUCAUGAUUCUGUUAGCUGAUCCAUCUUCUAAUAGAAGAUUGGAAUGCAGCCCCUCGUGACAACAGUGUCGGAAAUACGAAACUGGUCUUGCACUGGACUGUCGGGUGUGCCCAAUUUCGAGAAACCAUCUGUGCCCUUCAAUGAAAUCAUGGACGCGCGCACGUUCGGGUGAGGUGAUUGCAAAAUAGUCGUUUCAGAUGCAAUUCUGCUUGCGGGCGGCAGAGGGCGCGCCGAGCAAUCUGCUGCCGUCUUUCCAACUGAGGGACUGCAGGUCGCAUUCCGGAUGCCCUUCCAAGGCCUCGGGAAACCGCACGCGCUGGCUGCACCAGCACGUGAUCGCAGCUUGGGUUCGGUCAAACAAUAUUCAGCCGCCUAAUAUUAUUAUUAGUAAUAGGAGUAGGAAUAAGCAGCCUCCAUUGUUGCAAUCGAUACUACGUCCGGAUGUUGUCUUCUAAAAUAGCACAUAAAGCAACAAAUACCAUACGCAAAAAUAAUGUGAAAUGAUCUCUAUAAUAACAACAUUCAGUCCCUCCAUUUUUAAUUCAUCUUAUGUGUAUUUUUCUUCCGAAAUCGAUCCCAUCCCGUUUUUAUUGUUAUUUUUAUUAACUGAGACACUGACCUACAUGUGCUUACAUUGUCUUUCUGCAUGUGCAAAAUAUUUUUUUUAAUCUUAUGUAAACAUUUAAUUCGUUCCCUGUCUCCACAGUGGUACUGUUUUUUAAUUGCUCUAAACGACCUAAUAAAUUAUGUAAUAAUAGCUCAAGAUACUCUCCGGUCUUUUCUAUAGUAUGGACUGUUAUUUAAUAUUCAGCAAAAAAAUGUUCUGCUCUUUUUAUUCUGAUAAUUUUUGUGAUUAUGUGUAUGUUUUCUGUAAUCAAUCAACUUUGGUCGUGCAGCUUCCAAAUGAAACAAAAGAGAAAAUUAAAAAACGACAAGAAACCUAUCCAUGCUCAAACCCACACAGAAAUUACACGUGGGAACUAUUGUGAUUUUAUUAACAAAUUUAACGUCGUUCAAGUUAUUUUUACAGUACAUUUUGCAAAGGGUCAAAUUCUUGCCAUUUAAUGUUGACUGGUGUGUUGCGGGGAUUUCUCGAUGAUGAUGAUAAUGAGGAGGAGGAGGAGGAGGAGGAGGAAGAUUUGGUGUAAUAUCGUUGUUGUUGUUGUUGUUGUUGUUUGUGACGAUUGGGCCGCGUGCAGCCCGCGGCCGCGCUCUCCAAUCGCGUCCCAAAGCUCGUGCGUGGGGAGUGAAAAAGUGCAGCCAUGCAUGCACUCGGGUGGGAGGUUCCACUCGCCUCAAUCACGAUGUGAGACUUGAGCAGCGACACGAGCACAAGCGAGCGAGCGAGCGAGCAAACCUCCCGCUUGACUUGCUGCCCGCCGGCCGGCCGGGACUCGAACCUUCCCAUCUGCGUCUCCUGUCUUGUCCACGGACGGACUCUUCCGAUUGGAUCCGCUCGUCGCUCCGACGACACGCGAAGGCGCCCACGGCUCGGGUUUUCACAGGUCGCAAGCGCGGCUCGGCUCGUUCCCGGCUCUGACUGCGGGUGUGCGCGUGCGUGUGCACGCGUCUUGGCUCUCGCAACAGGUCCGCUGUCACUGGAAGCACAAUCCGCGACGCGCACCAUGCUGGACGGCAUCAAAAUCGAAGAGCAUCCCCUGCGAUCGGGACCGGCGCUUGGCGUCAUGCUCGCAGGGACGGAGUGCCAGCAGCUGCAACAGCAACAGCAGCAGCAGCAGUUGCAGCUGCAGGCCGUGUGCGAAGGCUGCCGCCGGGCCAUCUCCGACCGCUUCCUCCUGAGGGUCAACGAAUCGUCGUGGCACGAAGAGUGUUUGCAGUGCACCGUUUGUCAGCAGCCUCUCAUCACCAGCUGCUACUUCAGAGAAAGGAAACUUUACUGCAAGCACGACUACCAACAAUUGUUUGCAACCAAGUGCAGCGGGUGCCUGGAGAAGAUCGCCCCGACGGAGUUUGUGAUGCGAGCUCUGGAGUGCGUCUACCACCUGAACUGCUUCUGCUGCUGCGUGUGCGACCGCCAGCUCCGAAAGGGCGACGAGUUUGUCUUGAAGGAGGGUCAGCUGCUGUGCAAAGUGGACUACGAGAGGGAGAAGGACCUGCUCAGCUCGGUCAGCCCGGAUGACUCAGACUCAGAAAAAAGCGACGACGAAGAAUUGGACAUCAAGCCGGAGAAAGGAGGCAUAGGAGGCCAGGGGAAAGGAGACGACAGCAAGGAUCCUAGGAGACCCAAAAGGCCACGGACCAUUCUGACCACUCAGCAGAGACGAGCCUUCAAGGCCUCGUUUGAGGUGUCCUCAAAACCUUGCAGGAAGGUGAGGGAGACGUUGGCUGCAGAGACUGGACUCAGUGUUCGAGUGGUCCAGGUGUGGUUCCAGAACCAGAGAGCUAAGAUGAAGAAGUUGGCCAGACGACAGCAGCAACAGCAAGAACAACAGAAUUCCCAGCGACUCGGGCAAGAAGUCCUGUCCAAUCGGAUGGAGGGGAUGAUGAGCACCUUCACGCCGCUGCCUCCGCCGCAGCAGCAGCUGGUCGCCAUGGAUCAGAACGGCUACAGCACAGACCCCUUCCAACAGGGGCUCACCCCCCCGCAGAUGCCAGGGGACCACAUGAACCCGUACGGUAACGAUUCUGCAUUCCACGACAUAGACAGCGACACGUCUUUAACCAGCCUCAGUGACUGCUUCAUGGCGUCGUCGGAAGUCAACUCCAUGCAGGCCCGUGUGGGAAACCCCAUCGACCGCCUGUACUCCAUGCAAAACUCGUAUUUUGCAUCAUGAAAAGACAAGGACGAGAACACACGCCCGCACACCUACACGAACACACACACACACACACAAGCGUAACAGCACAAAAUAAACUGCCCAUCUCGAGCCGAAGCCCAUCGCUCGCCAGUUUGCGGAUACGACGCCCGCGUUGGCUUCCUCCAAGAUUGCCAAACCACUCGUAAGAAGACAGUCAAGACUCCUGGGACAUUUAAAAAAAAAAAAAAAACUACAUCCCUCACUGGAGAUUCUGUAUUCCUCUUUUCUUUGUUCGCUAGUAGAUAUAAAAGCCGCUGUCACAUUCUCAAAAGCGGCAGUGAAUUUCUACAGUGCAUGAUCAGUUAUAAACCAAACUUUUCUAAUUCACCCCCUCCCGCCCACCCUUCCCCGAUUAAGACGUGGUGUUCGGAUUGUUUCUCCUUAACACUACGUGCUUUACCAUGUUUACCGCUAGCAUUUUCAUCCCUAUGGAUAGGUACUAGAUAUUGUGUUCAUAGUAAAUAGCUGCAGCAUGUCUGCAAGAGUGACUGUACAUUUUGUGUAUGUUUGAGAGUUUGUGAUGAGAAAGAAGUGUUUAGAGGACUUAAAAAAAACACACACAAAAAAAAAAAACGGCAGAGAAUAUGGUGGACUAGUCAGAUCAGUGAAAUGUAAAUAAAUACUUUUCUGAGGCAAAUUGGAUGUGCAUGUUAGAAAUGGAAAGCAUUCUAUUUAUUUAACUAUAACAGGCUCUUGAAGGUACAUAUUAAAAAUGAAAAGCUUUAUUUAAAAGGGAGAACUUUCUUGUCGAGCAAUUAGUGAGUUCACAAGUUUCACGACUUACCUGUGAUGCCAUUUUAAUAUGAAGAUUAACCCCUUUUUUUUUUCUUGGCCCAGCUGUAAAUGAGCAAUGUGCUAUUUAUUUCGUACAGACCAUAAACUCUUUGUUGUCAUUG